GCACGAGAAAUAUUUUUUGUAAGAUUUUCUGCUUGACAUUUCAGCAUAUUUGUUUUCAAUAAAGCAAAUUUUGAAUAUUUCUUCCGUGAACGGGGUAAGUGUGGAAUGACGACAGCGCGGUAUACCCAAGCCACAACAUCGUGUUCUUAUUUAGCUGGCUCCUUCACUCCGUCUAUUUUUUUGAGUUGCCAAAAUUAACUAACAGAUAACUUCAAAUUUCUGUCGAAAUUAGAAAUGACCUUCCUAUUGGUAGAGUGGGUGUCACAAAAAGUUCCAAAAGAAUAUUCGGUAGUUCCGGCGGAAAGUAUUGAGGAUGGAGCUAUUCGGCAAAAUGCGAAGUCUCUAAUAAACCAAAUUGUGCGUAUAAUUUGGAAAAAAGGUAAAAUUUUCCCUGCCGUAAUUUUGGAAACAGGGGACGAUGAAAAGCAUCUCUGGGAACGGGCAGACUUCUACGGCGAAACAACAAAAGUUGGAGACAUUUCGACAAAUAAGCGAAGUCAUGAAAUUCUUGAAAUGCCCGUGAAGAAAAAGGGGAAGCAAGCCCGAUUAGUAGCCGGUCGAGAACGAGCAGAUGCCAUCCAAGUCGUUCUUGACUCUCUAGAAUCGGACCAAAUUAUUGACCUAAAUCCUGACACAAAUUCGUCCGUACAAACACCUAGUAUCGUUGACGAGAAAGAAGGUCGGAACUUGGGCGAAGGAACGACAAACUUUGAGGGUGAUUUAGUCAUAACUUAAACGUUUUUAUUAUUUUUAAUAUUUGCAACAUAAUUUGCAACAGAAAAGUACCAGUCCUUGAAGGAGAAGCACAAAUGGCUGAAGCAGAAAUACAGAGAAUUGAAGCGCAAAUUUGAUCAAAGUGAUAAUGUAAGCGAUGUUUUAUCAUUCUAGAUCUCUAAAUAAGCUUGUAUAAAUAUAUUAUCCUCCGUAUUUUUAUAAAUAUAUACAGAACAUCGAGCUUUUCGAUGGAUCAGGUGUAAGGAUCGAGUCUUCUGUGCUGGCGUCUAUGAGAGUGAUCUCACCAAAACCUACGAUACUUGCAAGAAAUCUUUUUAGACAGCUAUUCUCUGCUGAGGAGCUAUCCAACCACUCAUUGUUUGGGAAGCAAUCCAAUGCUAAUCGCGGACGGGAGACGCUCCCGGAAAUUGAUAGUGUUCGCAGAGAUGCCGUAAUAAGUAUGUCCACAAAAUUGAUUAAAAUACAUGAUUGAAAAUUCGAUCCGUUUGCAAAUAAUUUUAUAUUGCAGAUUUCAUACUGAAAGACGAAGGCUUUGGUGAAGCGCCGGACACGGGUAACCCAACUGC